AUGGACCUCUUUACUGACAGUCCACGCGUGCGCUCUGACAGCAUGAGCAGCUCGGUGUCUCAGGGCUCGAGGUCCAAGGCGCUCCUCCGGCAGCGUUUGUCUCAGCUGCUGACCUGCAUAGAGGACAUGAGCUCUGACGACGAAGCAAGUGAAGAAGUGUCACGCACUCUGGACGAAGCGUUUCAGCUCUGCGGGCAAUUCAUUCCCACAGACGCAUUCAGGCUGCAAAUAGUGACCUGGAACGUGGCCACAGCGGAGCCCCCUGAAGACGUCACCGCUUUGCUGCAGCUAGAUGUCCAGCCGCCCACAGACCUCUAUGUGAUUGGCCUGCAGGAGGUGAAUGCCACCCCUGUGAGGUUCAUCUCUGACCUGUUAGUGGAGGACGCCUGGAGCCACGUCUUCAUGGAAACACUGGCUCCCAGGGGCUUUGUCAAGGUCACAUCAAUGAGGAUGCAGGGUUUGCUGCUGCUGGUUUUUGCCAAACAAUUUCAUCUCCCCUUCAUCAGAAACAUCCAGGCUACCUACACUCGUACUGGCUUCUUUGGUUACUGGGGUAAUAAAGGAGGAGUGACCGUCCGUUUUUCCUUCUAUGGCCACAUGGUGUGCUUCCUCAACUGCCACCUAGCAGCUCACCUGAACUACGCUCUGCAGCGUGUUGAUGAGAUUGAGUACAUCCUGGAGACACAAGACUUCGACAUCUCUGACACCCCACAUGUCCGGGAUCACAAGGUGGUCUUCUGGUUUGGCGACCUGAACUUCCGUAUUGCAGACCACGGCUUGCACUUCCUCCGUUCAUCCAUCAACGGCGGGCGCCUUAAUUUGCUGUGGAGCAAAGACCAGCUCACCAUGAUGAAGAAGAAGGAAGCUUUCCUACAGGAAUUUGAGGAAGGGGCCUUAAACUUUAAACCCACCUACAAGUUUGACCGUAACUCUGAAACCUAUGAUACCAGUGGCAAGAAGAGGAAACCGGCAUGGACGGAUCGGAUCCUCUGGCGCAUCAAACCCAAAACCCUGCCAUCAGAGGAUGAUGAUGAGAAGGCGUCGACUUCUGCUGAUGAUGGGCUCGAUGAGUAUCCACUCCUGGUCAGUCAGGACAAGUACACCAGUGACAUGAGCUACGGAGUCAGUGACCACAAGCCCGUCAUUGCAACCUUCAGUCUGGAGCUGAGGAAGUGCUUUGACACACCACUGGUGCACGUAUCUCCUCUGGGCUUAUGGAACGCCGACCAGGACGCUCUUCUUAACUACACCAUCCAGGAGGACUUCAUGUCCUCCACGUGGGAUUGGAUCGGCCUGUACAAGGUGGGGUUCAAGAGUGCGUUCGAUUAUGAAACCUUUGUUUGGGUUAGAGAGGAAGAGCUGCCAGAGAUAAAUGAAGUCAUUCAGGUAUCUGUUGAUAAGGAUGAGAUCCCUCUGCUGGGUGGACAUUAUGUUUUGGGUUACUACAGUACAAACAUGCAUAGCAUCAUCGGCCUCAGUGCUAACUUCCAGGUCCUGGAGUCAAAGCGUGCCGUUAUGGAAGGUCUCGUUCCUGAAAACAUUAAUGGACUCAACUAAAAAGAAUAAAUUCACCACAGUGCCAAAUCUUAUUCCUCUCCCCCGGAAAUGUACACAGAAUGUAUUGUGUGUCUUUCAAAUGCCCCAAGAUCACCUCCAUCAUCUACUGAAUAAGCUGAUUCA